CCAUGCUUUGAACUUUGCUCCACGGUUUGAGUGCUCCAAAGUACCAACUGGGACGAAGGCAUAUUUAAUUGUUAGGGACCAGUUUUCAAAAGCAUACUGUCUGAGUUAUAUCUGGGAAGGAUGGAUGUGUUUGGAAUCCUGGGUAGCUACUCUUCUUACAUCUCUAGAGUAAUCUCACCUUAGAGGUCUCUGUGGACAUGGGGUGCAUAAGCUUAAGGUUCCUUUUUCUUGUGCUUUUGAUCUGCUCGGUUACUCUUGCUGACUCUAUUGCAAGCGCUCGCAGUGUGGUUGAAGUACUGACGGAGAAGAAUGGUGGUGCAAUGGGUGUCGAUGAGGAAGUACUUCCUGGCAGCACGACAAGCAGGAGCAGAUGGCUGUGGGGAAGGAAGAUGAGCGCAGAAUGGUUGGAGAAGAAGGACACAGUGGAAACAGGACCGGCAAAGAUCUCCGAAGAGAAGAUACUUGGUUCAACAACAAAGAUGCAUGAUAAGGAUUCCAGAAGAAUUAGCAUACCUAAGCCAAGGCCAAAAACCACUGUCAAAAAGCAUACAAAAGGGAGUUCAGGUGAGGCAGUGAAGCCAAAGGCAACAGCACAAGCAGCCUCCCAUGGAUCAUCCCAUGACCCAUUCCAGAGAAUUCAACCUAAGAAACAACUGGAUGCAGUCACUGAAAUGUUCAACAUGCUGCACAAGGACUACCAAACCAAGGCUCGCCGCAGGCCUCCCAUCAACAAUGAUACUCCUUUGAAGCAUCUUGAUGCUAAGCCCUAGGCAGAAGAUGGCCUCUCUCUCUCUCUCUCUCUGCUGGCUUGGUACUGUAAAGGGCUUAGGUCAUAGUUGUUCUUUGAUCAGCACAUAAUAGAUAUUUGGAUAUAGGAGUGGUCAAUAAUGCCUACAAGCCUCUUCAGUCCUUCCUACCUGUUUGCUUCCAAGCACUGAUAGGUUUGGACAAUUUUGGCAGUAGAUGAGCUUGAGGCCUUGUUUCAAAUCUUCAACUGUAAUCUUGUACCACAAGAUGCUUUCAGAUGUGCUUUCUUA